AUGGUAAAAUCUAAUAAUAGCGCUGAAUAUUCAUGCGAAUCACAUCUUGAAUCAACAUCACCUAAACAUAGUCCUGUUGACACCCCGCAAAAAAGCAAUGUUCAAUCAGCAGGAACAACUCCAGAAGUGUCAAAUAACAACGUGUUGCCAGCGCACGGCACCAUUCUACCGUUGCAAGGUCCAUUAGCGAGCACGCCCACGUCUAAUGUUGAUGUAGCAAUCCAUGAGCACAAGGGAACACACUUCUCUGAAGCAAAUUCCACUCAUAACAGAAAGAGACUUUGCGAGCCUCUUCAACGAUAUAGAACAGAUCAUGAAAAGUCGAGUAGGAAUCUUUCAGAAAUGGAUAACGAUCAUGAGGAUGAUGUUUCCUUAGACAGCUAUGGAAUGCCUAAAUAUGUGGAGCGUUAUCACGAUGGGUCGGUUUCUAAACCGGGAGUUUCCAAACAACAAUACAUUAAUGAUCCAGACUUCUACGUCCCUUGGAACCUGCGCCAACCAGGUCAUUCCAAAAGAUUUACUUUUUUCGACUUUCUGCGAUUACCACAGUUUUGGAAACAGUUUGAGUUCGCGAUGCGUAUCACACUCUUUGCUGCUUUAAUUCCCGCCCUCUUUAUGACAAUUCCUGCAUUACCUAAUCCAUUUGUGUCGUACUUUUUCGUUUUCUCAUCGAUGGCAUUGGCGUCCAGGGUUUUUGUGGGGGAGUCCCUUUCUUACCUUUUUUCCUGGGUCCGUGCUGGCUUGUUCUGGCUUCCGUUGACUGUGAUUGCAGCCGCUCUCGACCUUGGCAACAACACUGGCUGGUGGUGCGCCUACUACACUUUCUUUUUAUUUAUUAUGGCACUUUUCACCGAAGAUAUUUCACGGCGCAUUUGCUUGUUGUUAUUUAACAUAUGCAUGGUAACUUUGCUAAUGCGUAAGAAACGGGACCUCAUUUACCCAUGUCGGGUAAUGGCGGACUGGUGUAUUGGUAUUUUCUUGUGUACAAUCUCCACCUUUAUUCCUUACCCAAAAUUCUGCUACUACCGUGCGGAAAAUUUAAUAUUACAAAUUGCUAAAACUGCGGGGAACACCUUUCAGGGAAUUAUGCAUUCUUUUUGGAGCGAGUCGAAUGUGGAGCGUAACAUGGCUAUGUCCAGGGUGCGAGUCUUGGCAGAGUCCUUGAACGAAAAGUUGGCAGAUUUAGAGAACUGCCAAAGCCUCACGAUCUAUGAGUUCUUUGCUGAAUCAUCUGAAGCACAUCAAAUUCGUGCUCUGAAGUUUAUUUUGUUUGAACGAUUGUGCGUUAACAUAAGCACCUUGCUGAGAGUUUUAAGCACAGUGGAAAACAAUCCGACUGUUGUCGACGACUCCGACCGUUCACAGGCCUUCAAGAAGAUUAUUGCCCCACAACUGUCCGCUGUUUCAUCAUCCUUUGAUAAUUUUAUGACGGGGCUCGCGUUUGCGAAAAGUAAAUCAGCCAUCGAAAAAUUGAAGCCCUCCUUUGACUCCGUGUACGAAUGCACCUCGGGACUACAAGAAGCCUUCACUGUUGCACGUCGCAUGUUUCUUUACGAAUAUACUUAUGACACGAUGGAGGCGUUCUUGCCACUCAUGGUCUCUUUUCUUUUCACCUUAGUUUCCUUCAGUGACACUGCUGGUAUGUUUCAGAAAGAUGUUGAAGAACUCAACCCCUACUUUGUUGAUUCGCUCAGAACAUUAUUUCGCACGAUUGUCUAUGAACCAUUUUGUAAUAAUUUAAUCUUUUUAAAGAAGCUUUUCUUGACAGGAAAUCGGCGAGAGGUUCAGCGUGUUUUUGAAGCGGCAAAGGUAAGUGGUGCCAUGAUCCUAACCAUUGGUUUUACCUUUCUUAUGGAUAUUGAUAGCGCAUUCUUUUCAGGCCCCAAUAUCAUCGCGUUUGUAUCUGGUAUGAACCCGGUGGAAUCGGUGCAGGCUUCCAUUGUGCGGCUCACAGGUUGCCUGAUCGGCACUGUCCUGGGAUUCUUUGCGGGGGCCUACUCUAAAACGGAUGCGGAACGUGUUUCCUUACUGUGUGUUCUCAUCUUCUUUUGCACUUUUUUCAGGAACGACAAAGACUAUGGCAUAAUGUCUGUAUAUGCCAUGUUCGUUCUCAUUCCGCUUGACUCAAUUAAUAAACCAACAUUAAAAGAAACCAUGGAUCGCAUGAACCAGAAUACUGUCGGCAUUUUUAUCUACCUAUUAGUCAGCAUUUUAAUACUUCCCUUGUCACCGAGUGUGAUCUUACGUGCAAAGAGAAUCAAUAUACUCAAGCGGAUAAAUGAAGCCUUGGGUAGCGUUCUUGAUUUGUUUUCCGAUCCGUUCAUUGAGACAAUAGCAGAUGAUGAUUCUAACAUGCGGUGCCCUCAACCAGCACACGAAAUUGUGAAUAUUGCGAGUAAAACUGGGGCUCCAGUGCAUGGCAGUAAGAGCACUCCCUCUCCUGACAACUCGUUGCACAUAAUUCAGACUUAUGAUACUCAACUAUCGAAGAUCACUACUAUUUUAGACGAUAUUAACCAUCGAAUCAAAGCUUCCAAGCCAUACGUAAACUUUUCAAAAGAGGAGCGCGGUCUCGUGGAGGUUGACUAUCCUGUAGGUGCAUGUGCUGAAACCUAUGAGCACAUGCGGAUUAUGCUUGUUUUGCUCAGGGCUAUGUGGAUGAGUUGGAGCUUGUUCCGCAGUCAACGUUUAUACACCAAAGAGAUGCGGCGGUUGAUGGUUCACCUUCAGCCUGUUGCAGCUAGUAUUUCCAAUUCCUUCAGCCGUAUUACCAAUCUUAUUAUAUACAGCAUACAGAACCCUACUACAAACCUGGAAGGAGAGAUUAUGAAGUCCGUGUUGAACCUCCUGGAGUCCUGCAAGGAACUACAGGCCCGAAUGAAUCAGAUUUUGGUCAUCAUCAUCGCUGAGGCUGUCGAGGAAUUCCGUGAUCCCGCUACCGUGAGUGUGCCACUCACUCAGCUUCUCAAAAACGGAGUCUACUUAUCUCCUGAAGACGCCACCUUCAGCCCAACAACUAGAAACUUCUUAAAAGGAGCUGACGAUUUUCUGCAUACUGCCGUAUCCUUACAGUUUCCAAAAGGUGAGGUCCAUAGAAAGUACAUUUCAAAUCAGUACAGGCUCCACCAUUUGUCUCUCCCGCUUUCAAACCUUCGCACAAAUGGAUCAGACACUAACAGAACUAAAGUCAGGUCCUCUCGAUACGAUAUCUCUGAAGAGAGUGGCAUGGAUGUUUUAAGGAGGGGUGCAUCCAGUAGGAAACAACGUGAGGGGACCCAUGUUCCGGUGCAUCUUCCGGAGGACUUUAAAUUCCCAAUAUCUUCUGAGGAUGCUGAAUGUUUGCAUUCUUUUGCACUUUCCUUGCUCAUGUUCGCAAAUGAAACCAAAAUGCUUAUGACGAGUCUUCAGGUAAUGACGGACCACGCGCGUUCAAAAAAAUAA